AUGUGUUUAUCUCAUUUACAUAGACUCGUUUCUUCUGGAAACGAUAGUUCGAGGAUUUCAUUCUUCUUCUCAAAUCUCAUUUAUUCAUCCAAAUCUUGGACAGUAUCCGGACGCAAUGAGUUACAGAUACUAAUGUUACCGGAAAUCAAUUGCGAGGUCAACAACUCAAAGUUUCUACUCGAAGUGCUAUCCACUUUGCAAUCGAGUUCAGACGAAGUACUAUUACCAUUGUACUGGAAAAUGGCAGACUUCAGAAAUCCCAAUGUUCCGAGUCGAUUCAUGGUUUGUCUCCGAGAAUCUCUCCUCAACUCUCGUAUUGGCUGGUUCCUUCGCUUUGUGCUCCGUCCACGAAGUCUUUCACCAGAAGAGAUUAUUUCAAGCAAUAGUGGAGCCGGACCAUCGAAUGCAGAAAUUCCUGAUCGAUUUAUGGAAAUAUUCCGGAAUUUGCCACAAGUACCAAUGAACCAUAUGUUGAGAAUGCUCGAUUGGAAUGAUAUCUUCAGAUUGCAACUUGUCGCUGGGCCAUUUACUGGUUAUUUUGCAAACAACCGUCGUAACUAUGCAUUGAAUCAUUUGGUGCACGGAAGUGUUGAUCUACUCGGGACCGAAUUUGUCCGUGUCAGACGAUACCACAAUAAUCACUUGACAAUCAAUCACGCACAAUUCGUCAAAAGUCUUGAAACAGUCAACAUGUCCACUUUCUUGAUAAGACAGGAAGGAGAGCUUCGUGCCGCGUCAUUUCAUAUUCCAUUACUGACAUGUCAAAAAUUGGAACUUCGAAUUGUGAAUCCGAUUGAAGGAGAUGAUGAAUCCGAACUGAUGCAAAUAUUCGAGCAGAUCAUUGAAAACUCCCACAUCAAACAGUUGAAUUUAAUUGGCAGAAAAGUUGAAAAUCCCAGAGAAUUGCAAACCCGACUGGAUAAUAUUGCCUCCAGAAGCUUAUAUCUCAUUCGAGAGCAAACUAAUAUUGUUAUAAUCCGUCCUUAACUCUCCUACUUUAUCCGUUUAAUUUUUGUAUAUACAAUUCCAUCUUGCUUCCAAGAUCUUCUUGUGACCCUUAUUUUAUCCGAUCAUUUGAAAAUAAGUUAGAAUUCAUCCGUCAUAUCCACUGUUGUUAGGUCAUUCAUAUGAAAACUAUUCUUGCCAGUUUUUUAUCUGUAUUAUUUAACUUUUUGAUUAUUUUGAUGAUAAAUCGUUUUCGGAAAAAAAUGCUGGUAGGUAAA